AACAAUUCUUUUUAACACAACAAUAGCUUUAAUAACACACUAAUAUCUGCUCUUUCAAAGGGGGUGGUGCCAGUUUGAGACUCACGAUGAUGUCAGAGGUGAGAAGAAACUUUAUGGUAAUUCAAGUCCGAGCCCCUCUUAAAGAGAGUGAGAGGACAUUUCUUAAGUCUCUGUGGAAGUUGUGUUGGGGUUCAGGACUGUUUGGUGAGGAUCGGGGCUCAGAGAGAGGAGACAGACGACCAAAUACAGGAUGACGACUCUGCCGCUGGUGCUGCUGGUUUUGGCUUUUACAUUUGCCACUGCGAUAAAGCCUAGAAGUCAGUUCACACGUUACCGCACAUGGAACUCACGGAUGUAUCCGGUGUGGAAAGACGGAGACCCGAGAUUCAGGAACUGUUGGUUUGGUGGUGAAGUAACUUUUGAUCUGAGAAACGAUGCACCCACUCUGACCGGAGCAAGAGCAACCUUCAAUAUUAAUCUGAACUUCCCACCAAACCAGACAACGCUCUCUGAUGGGCAGGUGGUCUGGGCAGAAAACUGCACCAUCAAUGGACAACAGUACCAGGCGGGUCAGGCAGUGUAUCCUGACCAGGACACCCAGUCGACCAGAGUUUUCCCUGACGGUACACCACUCACCAGGAGCCAGAACAAGAAACCACACUACGUGUUUGUCUGGAAGGCAUGGGGGCGUUACUGGCAGGUGGCAGACGGACCGUCCUCCUCCCUUUCUAUCGGUACAGACAACAUCCCCCUGGGCUCUUACAACAUGGAGGUCGUCAUCUAUCACUGCCGGGGCACAGACAAGUUCAUCCCUCUCGGCUAUGCCUCCACGGUCUUCACCGUCACAGAUCAGAUUCCCUUCACCAUAUCACUCGCCCAAGUCAAUGAUGUAAACCAGAAUGACCAGAACUUCAUCCAGAACCGAGCCAUUGCUUUCAGUGUCAAGCUCCAUGAUCCCAGCCAGUACCUCAACAGCGCCGACGUCAGCUUCAGCUGGGACUUUGGUGACAGCUCUGGUACUCUGAUCUCUAGAGAGCUCACCGUCACACACACAUACCUCGCAGUCGGGACCUUCAAACCUCAGGUGGUCCUGAUGGCAAGCAUCUCCAACGACUGCGGAAACCCCACUGCUGUUGUUCCUAUUGAUGCCUCUGCUGCUCCAGAAGUAGUUGUAAUAGCCUCCACCCCUGCAGCUGCCCCAGCAGCACCAGCCGAGGGAGGAGAUGCAAUUGCACUGGAUGUUCCUGCUUCUGAUGUCACACCACUCGCUGCUUCUGUGCAGCCAGCUGUAGUAGAAGAUGGAGAAGCAGUCGUUGAUACAGACACAGAGGCAGUAGAGGUCGCCACAGUAGCGCCUGCAGGUGUUGACGCCGCUGUUGUUCCAGAGGACACUGCUGCCACCGCUGCAGAAGCAGAUGUUGCUGUUGAGGAAGCAGAUGCAGCAGCAGGUGAGGUGCCCACCGCUGCCCCUGUCGCACCUGCAGCUGCUGCAGAUGCAACCGCAGUGGUUACAGAUGCAACUGAAGAAAAUGCGCCUGUGAUUGACGCUGCUGCUUCAGUUGCACCUGUUGCAGAGGGAGAAGAAGCUGCAGUUGAGGUUGCUGGUGCUAUCACUGUUGCUCCUGAAGCAGAUGUAGCUGUAGAGCAAGAAGUGGAUGUUGUAGUUGCUGAUGUCACUGCUGAUGAGGCUACUGAUGCUGUUGCUGAUGCUGCUGAGGCUACUACUGCUGUUGCUGUUGCUGAGGCUGCUGAGGCUGCUGAGGCUGCCGAGGCUGCUGAGGCUACUGCUGAUGUAGAUGCUGCUGAUGCUGUUACUGAGGCUGCUGAGGCUACUGCUGAUGUAGAUGCUGCUGUUGCUGAAGUUGAUGCUGCCGCAGAAGUUGUCCAAGCUGAAACAGAAGCCCCUGCUGAUAACGUUGUAGUUCCUGCUGCCACUGAGACCACAGCUGUAGCAGAGGCAGCACCAGCUGCUGAUACCGAGGCUGAAGUACAGGCAACUGAGAACGAAGUUGCAGCUACUGCAGCUCCUGCAGAGCAACCAGCAGGUGAGGAAGAGGCUGUUGCAGCUGAAGGUGAAGUUCAAGCAGAGGUGGAUCCAGCACAGGUUCCCCUUAUUGUGGCUAAAAGACAAGCACCAGAGCUGCCAGCUGACUGCAUGGUCUACCGUUAUGGCUCCCUCGCCACCUCUGUAGAUGUUGUCCAGGGCAUCGAGAGUGUUGAGAUUGUACAGAUGACCAACGUUGUAGCAUUAUCAACUGCGAUGGAUCAGAAUGCUGUGGACGUCACAAUCUCCUGUCAGGGAAGCCUGCCAAGUGAGGUCUGCACAGUGAUUUCAGAUGCUGACUGCAUCACACCGGUGGAAACAAUCUGUACUGCAGCCACUCCCUCUCCAGACUGUCAAAUGAUUCUUCGUCAGUUCUUCAAUGACUCCGGAGUAUUUUGCAUCAAUGUCUCCUUGACCAAUGAUGUCAGUCUUGCUGUUGCAAGUGCCAUAGUCAGUGUAACAGUAGCCUCCAGUGGUUCCCCCGCUGGAACUGCAGCCACAGUCCUGGGGGUUAUGCUUCUCGCCUGUGUUGUCUGUUGUAUUGGUUUGAUGUACAGGCGGUUCAAGCAGUACCAGCCACUAAGAGAAGAUCACGCUGACAGUAAUGGAGGCAGCUCUCCGGUAACAUCCAUGCCUUUGUUGUUGUGGAACUUGCUGAGCCGGCAGUCACCAGGAGAGAGUCGUCCACUGCUUCAGGGGAGGAUUGUGUGAAAAUCAUCAUCAGCUCUUGCACUCAACAUCUACAACAUCCGCUACAAUAUUGACUUUAUACACAUAAUACUGUAACUAUUGUGAUAUUAUAACUCCAGGUCAAUGUAUUGAACCAGAACUAAUUAAGUGAACCGGCCCUGUGUACAAGAACGUGUGUAGAAAUAGAAAGGAGUGUGGAAGAAAGAAAUGUCAUAAGAUGUUGAAACAUUUGUAGAGGAGAGUGAUAUUUAUUUUGACCUACAUUAUUUUGUAUUAAUUGGCACUGAUAGUUUAAAGAAGCCAUAACUUAUUCUCUUAUUUGUGGCCUACUUAUAGUAAACCAAUUGGAAAAUCAAUGUUAACACAUUUCAAUUCCAUUUCUUUACGAUGCAAUUUAAAUUACUUACAUCACAGAACGUUAUUAUGUUUGAUACCCUGAAAUGAAUAAAGUGGAACUUUAUCGACA